UUUGUUAGUCUCUAAGGUGCCACAAGUACUCCUUUUCUUUUUAUGCACUAUACUCUAUAGAAGCAGUUUUCACAGUGUGCUUAAAAAUAUAUGAUAAUUUACAAGGAUUUUAGGAAACUGCUGAAGAUAUAAACAUGAAAGGUUUACUGACAAUAAUAUGAUUUCUGUUCAACUGAAAUCUUCGAAUGUAUAAUUAGAUCCCUAAUAUUGGAGUAAAAUAUAGCUAUACUUAUUUUUUUAUUUGUAAUAUUGUGGCAUUAAUUUAAUUUGAUAAUUCAUACCUUUGUGUGCAUUCCUUAUGUUACAAUAAUCAAAGUCCAAAAAUAUUGCUGAAUCCAGUUGUUCUUUGCAGUUACAUUUUUUGAAAAAAAAAGAGAUAAUUUCAACUAAAGGGACAUUUCUACCUUUAUCAAUAAAACCACAUCAAAUUGUGCCAGAUUCCAGCAAAUGUGAUACAGUAAAGUGUUGGAUUGUCUCAGUAUUUGAAAAGAAAACCGUCUUAGCUGUGAUAUUGAUGAUUCAUUAAGAAACAGGGACAUUUGUGCUGCUCUAGGUGUGCUCUUUUGGAUAAGAUGUAAACCAGAGUUGUUCACCAUUUGUGGUUAUUAAAGAAUUCAAAGCAGUUUUUUUGUAAGAGCAGGACUGUUAGCACUAGUGUCCUAACUAGAUUGUAACUCAGGAAGUUGCAUUCUGCCAACAAAUUUCUCCAUGCAGUUUCAAUGGCUAAUGUUAUUCUUUGCUUUUUCCUGUCUAAUUUAUUGUGUUGUGUUGCUGUGCAUUCUUAAACAUUGCCUCACUUCCAAGGUGGCUGCAUUUUAGCAGCUGUAUGAAUUCAUCCCUACAACCCAUACUCAUGUUAACAGGGAGGAUCAACUAAUAAAUAGCUCAAUACAUGUAUGUAUGUACCGUUCAUUGACUGCUUGAUUGAGUGAAUACAAAAUAUAAAGGGUUGCAUAAUCAAGCCUACAGUUUGCAAAGCACUUUUUGGGUUCCUUUGGAAUAAAAUGUGCUAUAUACUAAUAACAUGCACUUACACUUUUUCAUUCACUUUUAUGUUUUAAAAUUAAUCCCAUAAGAGGUUUUCCCCCCCGUGGAUGUGUAGUGUUUUACAGAGCAAGCAGUGUUGUAACAGACAGUUGGAUAUGUAUUUGGGGUAUUUGAAGUUUUUCUUCUGAAAGUUGAAUAAAUGCAACCUACUGUGUAGUCCUUCUUCUUUUCUUAGAUCUCUUGUGGAUGAACCACAAAGCAGAUAACCAGCCAUGGAGGAAUUAACUGAACACCUUGUUUCUACUUCUGAAAAUUUAUUAUUCAAAUAUGGACAAACUACCAGUCAAGCCCACAUAAAGAAGCUGAAAGAUCUUGCUAUAGUUCAGUUAAAUGGGCUAUAUUUAAAGAAUGUGAGACAUUUGCAAUACUGUGUUUUGCUGAAAGUAUGCAUCCUGUCUAAUAAUUAUAUUACAAAUAUUGAUGCACUCGAAUGUUGUACUCAUUUGGUUAAGCUGGAUCUCCAUGGAAAUCAGGUACAGCAUCUUCCUGGCCCAACGUUUUGGGAAGGCAUGAAGGAAUUAAAUUUACUCUAUCUUCAUGACAAUGGAAUUGGAAAACUGGAUAAUGUGCAUUCGUUAUCUUUCUGUCCUAAUCUGAUAGGCCUCACCUUGUUUGAUACUCCACUGAGCCUAAGAAUAGAAUAUAGGCAUAUUGUUGUUAACAGCAUUUUCUCACUCAAAGCACUGGAUUACUAUGUAAUUUCUGACGAGGAAAUUGUUGAGAACUGGAAGCUUCCCCCCAAAUAUAAACCAUUUAGCCCUAGCUUUUUCCUUGAUUUUUGCCAUGCUCCUAGAAAGGAAGCAACCGUUGAGGAGGAUAUAAAUGUGGUAAAAGAUAUCAUUUCAAAAAUCAAUCACAUUCUAGCUCAUCACUCACCAGUUGUGAUUGUUCAAAGAUGGAUAAGGGGAUAUUUAACUAGAAAAAGAUUUGGCAAAAUUCCUUUGGAUGAAGUUCUUCUGCAGAGACAUUAUAUCAGAGAUGGAGCAAAACAAAUUUACAGUCAAAGCACACUUCCAGUAUGUGAUAGUAAAAGCUUUAUAUAUCACAUCAUUAAACCAGAACAGAAUACUGACGACAAAAAGCUUACAUCUGGGAAACAAGUCUCCUAUAUGAAUAAUUUUAAAAAGCUUCCUGUUUUAUGUCUGAGAAGAAAAAAACAACCAGUUUUCUCCAUUUCACCCACAUUGAGGAAAAAAAAAAAGAAUAAACUAGGGGAACAUAGAAUUCCAUGGAGGAAGGGUUAGUAAUGUGAUCCUUUUGUAAUACUUUAUAAAAUAAAAAA